AGCCUCGAGGUCACCACGAUGCGCACGGCGGGGAUCGUCCUGUUCAAGCACACCAUUCGGCUGCACAAGCGCUUUGGUUCCAACACCAACUUCGAAAACGGCAACAUCAAGGAUGCCGUGGAGCGGGCGAGAAACUACUUCGGCAAGGGUCAAGCCACCGACGACGACAAGGCCUUGCAGGGCAUGUCCCGCUCCGUUUUGGCCCAGUUGAACGCCAGCACCGCGGCCGGCGCGGCCGGCGCAAGCGCUUCGAAGCCAGACACCGACGACGAGUUUAGCUUUGAGCCGGAGUCCGAGGAGCUCUAUUUGGCCUCGGCGAGGUAUGACAAGACCGGGGUGCGUAUCACCUCGAACCUCACGGGCCACGAUGCGGUGGAGCCCGUGCGCGCUGCACUGGGCGCCCUGCAGGCCGAAGAGGUGGAAGAGGCAGAGGACGAGGCCGAGGAAGAGGACUCCACGCAAGGGCUGGGCAACCACGAGCUCUUCGAGCUGGGCAGCCCUUCGGGGGCCUUGGUGGGCUUCAGCGUCAAAGGCCUGCUGGGAUCGGGCAUCAUGAAGAUCAAGGUCCAGAUGAAGUUCGGACCUUUGGACUCCCCCACGAAGACCAUCGACCUGGUGAACCUCGUGGAUCAGCUGCGGGUCAUCCUCUCCGCCAUCCCCUUCGUGUCCCAGGCGUCCAAGCAGAAGGCCAUCGACGCGAUGUCCUCCACGCACCUGGAGGCGCAAAUCCCGGUGACCGAAGUCUCGCAGGCCUUGAACAUCGGCAGCGGCUGGAGCGAUUCUGGCUACGAAUACGAGGGCGCCACGGUGCGCUUGCGGGAUGGCAUGUGCUCGGUACAGGCGCUGGUGGCGGGCGCCGCCUGGAACCAACGUGUGGCCACGCUGCCCUCGGUGUGCCGCCCGGACGGGCGCCUGAUCUUCACCGCCAGCAACCACGACAACCCGGCGAGGGUGGACGUGCUGCCUGACGGAGAGGUCAAAUGGAUGGAAGGCAGCAGCGCCCAUAGCUGGAUUAGUCUGAGCAACAUCGCGUUCGCCCCCGGCUCGGGCGGAUGGCCCUUGACGCUGGAAAACGGAUGGGUGAAUUAUGGGGCUGGUUACAGCCCCGCCGUGUACAAGCUCAAGGGCAGUCUUUGCGUGCUGUCAGGACUGAUCGCGAAUGGCGCGUGGACCACCUUUACCACUCUGCCGGAAGAAUGCCGCCCCAAGGGAGGGGCACUCAUCUUUUCCGCCAGCAACGGGGCCAACGACGUCCGGAUCGAUGUUACACCCUCGGGCUUGGUACAAUACGGAGGAGGCCACACAGGAUCAGCUUGGCAAACCCUGACGGGCAUCAUCUUCAGCACCGACGUGGACCAGCAGCAGAGUUUGCCCUUGGCGACCGGAUGGGCCGCCUACGGCAGCGGUUGGAGCCCGCCUUCCUGGGCCGUUGUGGAAGGCAUGUGCGUCCUGGAGGGAUUGAUCGCUGGUAGCACCUGGAACGCGCCUCUGGCUUACCUCCCGGUGGACUGCUGGCCUAUGCGAAGGCUCAUUAUGGUGGCCAACGGUCACGCGCAGUCGCUUCGGGUGGACGUCGACACUGAAGGUGUUGUGCGCCACGUCGCUGGAACAGCAAGCGACUCUUGGGUCAGCCUCUCUGGCAUUGCUUUUGCCCAGAGCCCGGGCGGCACCCGCUUGUUGCCCGUGCGGAACAGCUGGGUCACCUACGGAAGUAUUUUUGGACAAGCAACCUUCACUGUGAGGAACGGGAUGUGCUCGCUGGCCGCGCUGGUAAAAGAUGGCAGCUGGUCGGGCAGCUUCGCCCAACUCCCUCCGAACUGCCGGCCCACCAAGCGUUUGAUCUUCUCAGCCAACAAUAACGAGGCCCAAGCCCGCGUGGAUGUGGACACCGACGGCACGGUUCAGUAUUUUGGCGGAGCAGCGUCCCACGGUUGGAUGAGCCUGUCCAACAUCGUCUUCGCGCCCGACUCCUUGGGGCACAUCUCUUUGCCCUUGGCAGGGAGUUGGGUUGCCUAUGGCGGCGACUUUGGAUCUCCGGACUAUACAGUCCGCAACGGCGUGUGCUCGGUGGAGGGUUUGCUUUCGGGGGGGGCCUGGGGCCACUUGGCCACGUUGCCGGCGGAUUGCCGACCCAGCGAAGUAUUGAUCUUCACAGCGAACAACCAUGAAAGCCCCUCGCGGGUGGAUGUGCUCCCGGACGGACAAAUCACAUGGGUUGCGGGAGCUUCGGGUCACGGCUGGAUCAGCUUGUCUGGCAUUGUGUUCGCCAUGGGCAAGGGCUACGCGCUGCCUUUGGCCAGCGGUUGGUCGAAUUACGGCGGUGGGUUCUCGCCUGCAACCUAUAAGCAGAUGGAUGGCCUGUGCUAUGUGGAGGGCCUUGUCGCUGGACCUGCUGGCACCUGGGGAAACGUGGCCACACUGCCAGCGGAAUGCCACCCGAAGAAGAUCCUGAUCUUCAACGUGAACAAUCACGCGAGCAUCGCCCGCGUGGAUGUCGCGACGGAUGGCAAGAUUAAUUGGAUUGCAGGUGGAAGCAAUAGCUGGCUCAGCCUCACUGGGAUCUUCUUCGACCCCACUGCUGCCUGAUCUGAGUCUCAACAAACCUGUGGCGCUGGCAGAGCGUUAUUAGUUCUACUUACUUGGAUAUGUAGAUGCUGGAGCUGCCACGGA